AUGUGGUGGCUUGCCGCUAUCCUCCAGGUGUUCGACUCGAACGCUGGCGAGCUGCCGCCGCAUCAGCUGAAGGAGUUCUCUCUUCCCUACCUCGCGCGUAUUGCCGAGGGCGUGAAGGCCCGCCUGGCGGCUGAUGGUGUUGAGGCCGUCCCUCUGGUGGUCUUCGCUCGCGGUGCCAUGCACUCGCUGGACCUGGUGGCCAAGCUCGGCUAUGAUGUCCUCGGCAUCGACUGGACCAUCGACCUGAAGUCGGCUCGUGCCAAGGCCGGCCCGGGCUGCGUCCUUCAGGGCAAUCUCGACCCGUGCACUCUGUUCGCCCCUCCGGAGGUCAUUCGCCAGGAGGUCCGCCGUAUGCUGGCCGACAAUGGUGAUGGCAGCCUCAUCGCCAACCUUGGCCAUGGCAUGCUGCCGAACCACUCGCCCGAGCACCUGGGUGUGUUCAUUGAGGAGAUCCACGCUGUCUCGCGUGCGGCCAAGUCCACCUAG